AUGUCCAGAAAGCCGCCUCAACGUGUUUUACUCAAUGAUUAUACGCUCGCGUGGAUAUGUGCACUGCCGAUAGAGUUGGCGGCUGCGAAGAGUUUGCUCGAUCAUGUUCACAACCCGCUUCCCCAACCGGCGACUGACCGCAAUAUCUACACGCUUGGGAGUCUGAGUGGGCUUAAUGUAGUAGUCGUCUGCCUGCCAUCCGGUGUUUAUGGGACAACUUCUGCCACUGGGAGGGGGGUGCCUACCAAGAAUGUUGAUAUCCGUCUAGGUGAUGUGGUCGUCAGCACGCCCACGGGGACAUAUGGCGGUGUGGUCCAGUACGACUAUGGGAAAACGUGUCAGCAGGGCUACUUCCAGCGUAUGGGCUCACUCAAUAAACCACACGAGUCUCUACUGGCCGCUGUCUCCCAGAUACGCUGCGACAAUAUGCUGCAGGAGUUUCCGCUUGGCAAGAUAAUGUCUGGUGUUUUGCAGCGUCACCAGAAGCACUUUUCCUCGCCAGACAAAGACUGGUUAUUCCGCCCGACGUACGAGCACCAGGAAAGUAGUGGAGACUGCUCGUCAUGCGACAAAACCCAGCUUGUCUCGCGUGAAUCGCGUAUGAGUCACGAACCACAGAUUCAUUAUGGCUUGAUUGCGUCCGGUAAUCGAGUUAUGAAGGAUGCUCGAACGCGAGACUCUAUUGCCGAAGACAUUCCCGUACUCUGUUUUGAAAUGGAAGCGGCUGGACUUAUGGAUCAGCUUCAAUGCCUGGUCAUACGUGGAAUCUGUGACUACUGCGAUUCCCACAAGCACAAAGAGUGGCAGAGCUAUGCAGCUCUUGCCGCAGCUGCUUAUGCAAAGGCACUACUAUCGGUUCUUUCGCAAGUGAAAGACAUAGAGAUGUCAGAUCAAGACGAGCUCAAGUUUUGGGUUCGGCGAGACAAAGGCAAUGAUGAUCUGGAGCGAAACGUUUUGUGGCUGUAUGGCAAUCCCGGAAUCGGCAAGUCGACGAUGGCCAUGACACUUGCGGAGGAACUACGACAUAAAAAGUAUUUUUCCGACGGGAAUAAUGUCCUGUGUUUCUUUUUUUGCGAAGCCACCUCAGAACGCCAGAGAGAGGCAACGUCCAUACUGAGAGGUCUUAUAUAUCAGAUCGUUACUCAGCACCCGCCUUUCUUGAAAUGGGUCUUGUCAAAAUAUGACGUCCGAAGAGAAGCUCUUUUCGCCUCAUUUGAUUCCCUAUGGGCUGUGUUGAUGGAUAUUGGGCAAGCACCUACUGGUCCUGAGAUAUACUGCAUCAUCGAUGCUUUGGACAAAUGCGAACCUGAGUCACAGGAAAUGUUGUUCCAUCAAAUCUACCAGUCGUUCAGCAAAGCAGGCUCGACGGGCUUAGACCCAUCCAGGUUGCACUUUUUGCUCAUCAGUCGUCCAUAUCCCGAGCUCAAGAGUCGCCUAUCCACCUUCACAUAUGUCGAUCUAGGCUCAUUUGAAGAGAUAAAAAGGGAUCUUAAAGCUAUGAUCAAGGAAAAAGUGAAGGAUCUUGCAAGGAGGAACAACUACACUGAGUCUGUUGCACAGAAAGUAUGCCAGAUUUUUGAGGAGAAGGCCGAUGGUACCUUCCUCUGGGUCGGGAUAGCUCAUAACGAACUGAGAUUGGUGCAGUCGAGGAAAGUUAUCGAGAGGCUACAGGCUCUUCCACGAGGAUUGUACUCUUUGUACCGGAAUCUGCUCGAUGCAGCCGUGAUAUCCGCCGAAGCCUGUGGCCCAGAUGAUUACCCACUGAUCAAACAGAUUUUGGAGAUUGUUGCAUUCGCAAUGCGACCGCUGACAAUAGCGGAAAUAGCUGAAGCAUGUCGCCUACAUCUUGACACGGAUUCAAGUAGUCGCGUCCAGUUCACGAGAGACAUUAUCGACUUGUGCCAUUUGUUGAUUGUUGUUGACAAUGGUCACGUGCGAAUGUUGCAUAGAUCGGUGCUAGAAUUCUUAACGAUGGAAGUGCAGGGGAUCAAUCCUACUGGUUCAAACUAUGCACUGACGUAUCGCUGCAUUGAAGUCAUUCUUCAAAACUGUCGGCUAGGCAUAGACAUAUCAACAUUGAAGCCUAGCCAUGGGUUCCUUGGUUAUUCAGUGCUGCACUGGCCAGAGCAUGCAAAUUUAGCUCAAAGAGACUUCAACGUUCCAAAGGAGCACGACGCAUUUUUCCAAGACCGGUUCGGGACGUGGAAAUGGUGGCUCGAAAGUUACAACCACCUGAAACGAGGCUCAUUGGCGAAUUUGGAUACAGGCAUCUCUGUUAUUCAUGUUGCCGCUCGUUGGGGGAUUAUUCCGUUAAUCUCAUCCUCCUCUCAGAAUGGACUGGAAGAUAAAGAUGCACAGGGACAAACACCUCUACUUGUUGCCGCCCAAUACUCAAACUUCGAAGCCAUAAAGCUUUUAGUUGAGUCUGGAGCGUCUGUCAGAGCGCUAAAUAACGACCACCAGAACGUCCUCCAUAUUAUUUGCAAGAAUGUUCAUGGCAGUGGCUACCAAAUAGGCCAAUUCCUCCUGAACGCUGGGGUCUCCCCAUACGACUGUGACAAGUAUAACAUGACACCCUUCCUUUACGCAAUUGGGAACCGCGAUGAAGAGCUUGCGCAAGUCUUUCUUCAGAAUGGUUUCGAUCUGACUGCUAGAAUUCGAAGAAUAUCGUGGCCUGGACGUACAACUGUGAGCAUGUUUACGCAAAUGAGGCCCGAGGACGAGAGAGAGGGGGCUGGACUGAAUCUAGAAUCAGGCCUCACAGCGCUACAUUUCUCUUCUUUGAACGCAUGCUCAGAAAUAACCGCUUUCUUACUUCGACAAGGGGCCGAUCCAAAUGCUCAAUCUGAUAUUGGUGAUACCCCGCUCCAUCUUGCGAUCAGGUGUCGCCUCCUGGAUCGUAGAUAUGACGAUGUAUGGGAAUGCGGUGAUUACGCCAUUGAGUUCUUGAAAGAAUUAAUCACGGACCACGAUAGUGAGGAAGCGUCUGAUAUCUAUCAAGCCAUCGAUCAAGCUAGAACACACAUUGUUAACACACUCCUCGAGAGCGAAACCAUCGACGUCAACAUGGCUAAUGCUUUUGGGGAUUACCCUCAGCAUGUGAUAGACUUUCGAGAAGAUUAUGCGCUGUCCAUUCUAUGCAAGCUCAUAGAGAGAGGAGCUGAUAUUUCACGGUUAAACGGAUCUGGUCAAUCCUGUCUUCACCUUGCCAGCAAGAAAGGAAACUUAGAGGUCGUCCGAAAAUUUGUGGAUGAAGGCCACGAUAUCUGGCUGGAAGACAGCCACAGGUUGAGUCCGUUCCACUACGCACUGCAGCGUGGUUGUUUGAAUGUCUUGCAGUUCCUGUCAACGGCAUGUGAUAGCGCACUUUCGACGCUCUGGCAUUCGAUAGAUCAUCACGGCAGAAACCCAUUACACCAUCAUGUCUCAUCUAUCUACUGCAGUGUCGAAAUGGUUAAAUUUCUGCUAGAGCUUGGCUGCGACGUCAAUCAACUUGAUACAAAAGGGAACUCAUCCCUGGGUGUCUACGUGGGAUCGUUUCACCUAGGAUUCCGGGGAGACAUAUUCUUUGUGCUUAUGGAUAAGGGUGCUGAUCCGCUAUGGGUCAACGGACGCGAAGAAAAUUUGGUGCACCUCCUCAUGCAUCACAGGAGAGUAGACACUGAGAUUCUUGAAUGUCUGUUCCGUUGUGGCCUGGAUCCAGCAGCUCGAGAUAUUGAUGGGAAGACCUUUAUGCACCAUGGGGCAGCUCAUGGUGCGUUUAACAAGGAACUUGUAGAUUUCCUUCAAUGGAGAGACGUAUUGGACAUGCAUUCCAGAGACUCAGUUGGAAAGACCCCCCUCAACUACGCGGAAGAGAAGGCUCACAAGAAAGACUUGGAAGAAGUCCUCUUUGAUCCAAGGUGGGACAAUUCCUUCUACACUUUGAACGAAGUUGCUCGUACGCUGCUAUGA